UUGAUAGAUGACAUUGACAGUGUAAUCGCCCGGAUCAAGAUCCUCCCGCAGGCAACCACGACACUCCCUUGACCUUCUCACCGACGACCCUUCACUCCUUCGGGCUUUUUCACGAAAAAACACAGGCAUCAUGCACUUCUUCACAGCCGCGAGGGCCCUCCUCGCCGCCACCAUCUUCCAGGCCGCUACCGCUCACAACAUCGUCCUUCCCGCCCACGGCCGAGAGUGCUUCCACGAGACCCUCCACAAGGAUGACACCAUGACCGUCACCUUCCAGGUCGGCGAUCGCGAGUUUGGCAGCGCAGGCAACCUCGACAUUGACUUUUGGAUCAACAACCCUGCUGGCCAGUACGAGGCCAACGAGAAGAGUGUCUCCAACGGCGACUACUCCUUCACUGCCAAGCACGACGGCAAGUACGUAUACUGCUUCGGCAACGAGAACUGGGGCGCCAACACCAAGGAGGUGUCGUUCAACGUCCACGGCAUCGUCUACGUGAGCGAGUCUGAUCUCCCCGCCGACCCCCUCGACCGCGAAGUCCGCAAGCUCUCCGACCUCCUUGCCCAGGUCAAGGACGAGCAGCAGUACAUCAUCAUCCGCGAGCGCACCCACCGAAACACGGCCGAGAGCACCAACAGCCGAGUCAAGUGGUGGAACAUGUUUGUCAUUGGCGUCGUCAUUGGCGAGUCCCUGUUCCAGGUCUGGUGGCUGCGACGCUUCUUCGAGGUCAAGCGCGUGGUAUAGACGGGGAGUUGAGAACGCAUUGAUUUAAUACCCGCGAUUUGCGAGGACCGUACCGGCGC